GAGUUUUUAUACAGACAGCACUGCAGAGAGAGAGACGGGGGUGGGUGGAGGGGACCUCCUGCGUUACACAGUGCAGCAAUUCACACAGAGAGAGAAGGGGUUAUCGCCGGCUUUAGCUCUGCACAGAGACACACUGGAGAUCUCCUGGACCACAGCUCUGCACACACAGAGAGGGAGACUCCGAGAGAUCGCCUGCUUUAAAGUGUCCGGCUCUACAAAGACAGCCUGGAGACCUCUCGUACUACAACAUGCACAGAGAGAGAGAAACCAAAACCCUGAGACGUCGCCUGCUUUAGCUCUUCACAGAAAAACUGGAAUCCUUCUGUAAUACAGCAGAGAGUGAGAGAGAGCUGAGAUCGUCUGCUUUAAAGUGUCCAUCCCGGCACACAGCGAGAGACACAGAAGUUCUCCUGUUUUUCAACAUGCACAGAGAGAAACAGACUUAGAGAGAUCGCCUGCUUUAGUGUGUACAGCUCCUGUACUACAGCGUGCACAGAGGGAGGAAGCGACAAGACUCAAGACAGAUCGCCUGCUUUAAAGUGCCCACAGAGAAACAAGGCUCCUGUACUACAGGGUGUACAGAGUGAACACAUCUCAGGGAGAUCGCCUGCUUUACAGGGUACAGCUUUUCCCAGGUAGAAAGGAGUCGCUCUGUAUUAGAGUGCACAGAGAGAGAGAGCGCGCCUGGAGACCAUCCUGUAUUACAGAGAGAACAAGGCUUAGAGAGCUCAUCUUACCAUUCCUGAAGAAGGGUUAAUACCCGAAACGUCGACAUCAGCACCUCCUGAUGCUGCCUGGCUUGCUGUGUUCCUCCAGCCUCAUGCCUGUCUGCUUUGGAUUCCAGCAUCUGCAGUUUUAUCGUCUCUAACUUAGAGUGUACAGCGGUGCACAGAGAGUGAACAAGACUCGAAGGGCUCGCCUGCUUUACAGAGUACAGCUGUGCUCACAGAAAGAGAGAGAGAGAGACUGGAGACCUCCUGUGUUACAGAGUGAGGGAGACUCACACUGCCUGUUCUACAGAGAGAGAGGAGUCCACCUGUCCUUCAGAGUCUCAGACAGACCCUGUUUGAGAGUGUGCAGAGAGAGAGAGACUGGAGACCUCCUUUGUUAGAGAGUGAGGGAGACUCACACAGACUGCCGGCUCUACAGAGAGAGGAGCCCACCUGUCCUACAGAGUCUCAGACAGACCCUAUUUGAGAGUGUGCAGAGAGAGAGAGAGAGACUGGAGACCUCCUGUGUUACAGAGAGUGAGGGAGACUCAGACAGACUGCUCUACAGAGAGAGGAGCUCACCUGUCCUAGAGUUUCAGAUAGACCCUGUUUUAGAGUGUGCAGGGGCUGGGGAGGAGCAGGUAGGGUUGGGGCUGGGUGGGGGGAGAUCUCCUGCUCCCCAGUGCGGUGUCCCCCAGUGACCAUGCAGUGCCCUGGCACAGUGCCAUGCUGAGCAGCCAGUUCCUGAGCCUGGUGCUCCUGCUCGCCAGCGGCGGCUCGCACAGCUGGAGCGGGGAGGAGUUCUACCUCCAGCCCAACAGCACGGCCCUCAACUUCUCCCUGGCUGGCCGGCUGGAGCUGCAGGGGGCUGGCGGUGGAGGGGAGCCUGGGGCUGCAGCCGGGGCCCCGGGGCUCAGCCCUUCCUCCAGCCCCUGCAACAUCACGGUGCUGCGGCUGGUGGCCACCUCGCUGCUGGCUCGCUGGGAGAGGUCCAUGGGCUUCAAGUGCGACGUGCUCCUGUUCACCACCAACAGCAACGCCCGCUCCUUCUUCUCGGCAGCGUUCACCCGGGUCUUCCCCCCCGUCGUCAUUGACCAUGUCGGGGUGGGAGGGGGCCAGCAGGAGUUCAAGCUGUGCGUGGGAUGCGGCUCACCCCCCCGGCGGAGUCGCCCCGUCCCCCUCCCCGGCCCCCAGGGCCAGCAGGUCAGCUUCUGCUGCCUGCACUUCAGCCUGGAGGAGCUGAACUGGGACAGGAGCUGGAGGGUCAACCGCAAGCCCAUCGAGUCCACCCUGGUGGCCUGCUUCAUGACCAUCGUCAUCAUCAUCUGGAGCGUGGCCGCUCUCAUCUGGCCCGUGCCCAUCAUCGCUGGCUUCCUGCCCAAUGGCAUGGAGCAGAGGAGGGGCUGAAUGGACUGUGGAAUAGGGGGUGGGAGUGGCUGGGUAGGUGAGGGAGGGGGCUGUGGGGAAUCCCUUGCAUUGCCCACCCACCCCCCCUCCCCAAAGGCUCCUAGUAACUGUACCCCAGGGACCUAGGGUCUGUAGCCCAUUUCCCUCCCAAUCUGGAUCCCAUCGCCCCAGCACUUGGCCUUAAAAACCUUAGCCAUGGUCAUUGGAGUCAAAGAAAAUGACUGAUGGAACUCGUGUUCACAUUUUCGAAGAGAGACGCAGGGUUGGCUUGCCUGUGACUGUUGGGGCUCAGGGGACUGGGCAGAAUUGGCUACGUUCGGUUAUCCAAAGGUUACAGGUAAUGAGGAAAUAGGGUUGGCAUGGUGGCUCAAUGGUUAGCACUGCUGCCUCACAGCGCAAGGGACCGGGGUUUGAUUCCAGCCUUGAGCGACUGUCUGUGCAGAAUUUGCACAUUUUCCCCGUGUCUGUGUGGGUUUCCUCCAGGUGCUCUGGUUUCCUCCCACAGUCCAAAGAUGUGCACGUUAGGGUGGAUCAAUCAUGCUAAAUUGCCCAUAUUAUCCAGGGAUGUGCAAGUAUGGUGGAUUGGCCGUGGGAAAUGCAGAAUUCCGGGGCUAGAGUAGGGGACUGGGUCAGUGUGGACUCGAAAUGGUCUGAAUGGCCUGCUUCCACACUGUAUGGAUUCUAUGAUUGUAUUUAAGUAAUGUUACUGAUCACAGCAUGAUGAUUCCUUUACCUCCAUUGUGUUUCUCUUGUACUCCACAAACAAAUCAGAAUCUUAUCUGUUACCUUAAGUACUUUGCAUUUCCUUUGCCCAGCAUUUCCACCACAAAGUGAUUGCCACAAAGUAUCACAAUGACUGUACUGAGCAGGCCACUCUCAAGGAGAUCAUUUUUACUAGGACAUGGGUAAGAAAUGGUUACCACAAUGGAUGGACUGCAGCAUUUUACAAACUGUGAACUUUGGGAAUAAAGCAAUCAUUUCAUUUGUGUUGGGUGAGGGGUAAUUUUCAAGUGUUUUUAAAAAUAAUGAAUAUUCAUUUUUUUUCAUUUGAACAAAUGAGUUCGUUAACAGUCUCCUUUCCAUUUUCAAAAUGUUCAACUGAAAUUUGUAAAUCAAUCAACUUUGGAUGGAGCUGUUGAUAU